AUGAGCAUCAAACCAUUUAAUAGGUAUAGUUUCACUUUGUGCCAAAUUUAUCAGUAUAUAACAACCAAAGGAGACAACCAACCUAAGACUGGGAGGAGCGAUAACCGGGCCAUUGCUGUAGUGGUGCUUGAUGCUCUCACAAGGAUCUGCCUGGCAGACAGUGAUAAUCUUCAGGACGCUUGUCCUACAGCUACAACUGGACAGCAGCAAACUGUCUUCUUUAACGGCCUUCCUUGCAAAAAUCCAACCAACAUCAUUGCUUCCGACUUCAAAACAUCAAAACUGAAUCACGGUGGCGAUACUGACAACUUCUUCCGUUCAUCCACCACCCUCAUCACUGCCGCAGAUUUUCCAGGCCUAAAUACUCUUGGCCUCUCAAUUGCCAGAACCGACCUGGAUGUGGAUGGCAUGGUCACGCCUCAUGCUCACCCAAGGGCUUCUGAGAUGUUCUUCGUUAGAAAAGGUGCCGUGGUUGCUGGUUUUAUCGAUACCAAAAACCAGGUGUUCCAAAAGCUUCUGAAGGAGGGGGAUGUGUUUGUAUUCCCUCGUGGUUUACUCCACUUUUGUUUGAAUGCUGGUUAUGAACUCGCUGUUGUUUUCUCGGUGCUCAACAGUCAGAACCCGGGUAUGGUGAGCGUCACAGACGCCAUGUUUGAACCUGAGUCAGAUGCUAUCAAGAUGCUAAUCGGAAGAAUAAUCUCUACGACAUUGGGGGCCAAUCUUAUGCAAAAUGUGACCUUGGAUGGAUUUCACCAUUUAUGAUUUGUUUCAAUUCUACGUGUGCCCUCCUAAUAUAUAAAUAUAAAUAAACUAAUAUUAUUUUUUUGUUAUCA